UGUAAGAGCAAUUUCCUUCUUUUUAUGAAUUCCUUCUUUGAAAAUUAAGGGAUGAGAAGUUGUGUCUAAAACUCGAAGAAAUAUUUUGUCUCGUCGUUUAAGUCGGUACAGAGCUGAGUUAAGCUCAGUGGACCCUGGCAUAGAUCAGACCGUUGCUCUCAGAUGAGGGAUGAGCCGAGAGUUUGACUAAAACAGAAAUCUCUCCCUCAAUUUCACCUAUUUUCUUCAAAACAGCCACUAAAAAUAUUAUCGAUUGAUUGCUCGGCACAUUCCGGUUUUUCAGAUGUUGUGGAGUCUGGAUUUUCGAAUAUGAAACGUUGUUCUGAGAUUUCAGAUAUUUUUGCUUGAGGAGUAGAUAUCUCCACAUCCGACUCGCCAAGUUCACUGCUACUUUCUCCAAGAAUCUUAUCGACCUCAGUGUUGAAGUCUUUCGGUCAACUCUGCUUGCUAAAAAGUAAGCAAUCUGGGUCUCAAAAUCCAUUCUCGAAUGAUCCGACUGUAUUAUAUAAUUUCUGACGAGAAUCCUUCUUUCCUUCGUUAUGAGAGACGGAAGCAUUUUGGGCCAAGUUUUUAACCUGAGGGGAACUGUCGAAUGCCUUCUUCCGAUCGAAACCCCAUUUGUAUAUCUGGUGUGUCUUCAGAUUAAGAGCCUUCUUGCAGUAUUGAACAGUGGGCCUACUCCAAGUAGGAUCUCUCAGGAAUUGCUUUUCGAGAAAUUUUAUUUCAGAGCUUGUUUUGACUCGUAAAACUCUGGAGCAUUUUGGUCUUCUACUUUCUCGAGAUGGAAUUAAAUUCAGCAAUUCGUUUAUGUCCUCUUCAAGAUCUUUCUUCAUUGCCUUAGCUUGCUUGGUUCUACAGAUCUGUGUCAGGAGACAAAGUAGUAAUAUAAAAAGAAUGAAUUUGAACUUGCGACAGUUGAUGAAAAGCCGAGUUUGUACUAAUAAUUAUUUCUCAGAAAACUACUCAAGUGCAUAUAGGACAUAUUUUACCAUCCGAGACUUACCUAGUGCACUUCUUACUACUAUUGUUCUUCAUGGUCAAAUAAGUGGGUAA